AUGAAGACUGAAACGCAGCAAGUCGUCUUCUUUCUUGUCAUCCUGGUGACUGUGGGCAUGUUUAUUUUGCUUUCGUCAUCACGUCACAUGGAAAGGUCUUAUUACAGUCCACCUGUCCUAGCGUCACGGUCACGUCUUUGCCGUCCUGAAACCAAAGUCGCCUUCAUCAAAACCCACAAGACGGGAAGCAGCUCUAUGAUGCAAAUAUUUCAGCGCUUCGGCUAUCUUCGGAACCUCUCGUUAGUGCUGCCUAAAUUGGGCAACAUCAACGGUUUGUAUCCGUACAGCAUUCUGGACCCGAGUAAGUACCUUCCGCCGGAGAACAAGGAGUUCGACAUCUUGACACAUCACACCAUCUACGACCGAGCGAGGAUAACAAAGCUGCUAUCUGAUAACGCUACAUUUGUAACCAUCAUCAGAGAACCCAUGGACCGUCUGAAGUCUGCCUUCAACUUUUACAAGUUGGACAAGAAGCUCCACAUUCACGGACCAAACGCCCUCCUGAAGUUUCUGCAAAACCCAGAAAAAUAUGAAAACAAUAUCAAAGGGCCAAAACCUCACUUAACAAAAAACAACAUGGCAAUAGAGUUGGGAUUCCCCCUCAACAUCCUCUCAUCCGGGGUAAAGGACGACAACAUCCGGGACUUUGUCGACAAGAUCUCGCAAGAGUUUGACCUAGUGAUGGUGAUGGAGUAUUUCGACGAAUCGUUGGUGCUGCUGAGGCGGCUACUCUGUUGGGACAUGCAGGACAUUCUCGGCUUUAAAUACAACAGUUAUAAGUACGGAAUCGGUGACGCUAGCUUCCCGAAGCAGCUUGUAGAAAACUACCGGCGGCACGACGCCAUCGACUACGCGCUCUACGAACACUUCAACCGGACAUUGUGGAGGAAGAUCAAGAUGGAGGGUAGCGACUUCCGGGAGGAGCUGGCUCACUUCCGGUGGCUGCAAACAACGAUGAAAACCCAGUGUAACCGAGAGUCUGGUGACUUCGCUCCAAUCUACAUCGGUGAAACUGCCUGGAAUGCCGGAUUCCACAUGGAUGCAACGUUUUGUACCUGGAUGAAGGCAUGGCAUAUGUGCUAUUUUACCUUACUUCGAGACAGGAAUCUCAGAAUUCAGCAAUUCAAGAAGAAAAGCCCCAUACCUUCAAAGUCGACGUGUGGUGGGUUCCACUGCCAACCGUACUGUGUCCUGUGCGAGGAAAUUAAGAAGCAGUGCACGCUCCACGAGUACGCCGCGCAUCUCUACCGGGAGGGUCUUCUGUCGCCGACCCAGUCAAGUUCUGCAAAAUUGUCAAAGUCGAAUUCAAGGCAUAGCCAUGGCGGGAAGCCGGAACCGCUUACUUAA